ACCCACACCGGCCCUUUCUCGAUGAGAUCGAGGACCCCUGGGCUAAAGGUACAGGGGUAUGGUGAAUUCCUCUGGCCCGUAUUUAGCCAUAAAAAAAACUAACAUUUAAACGCCACAGCUGAGAGCAGCGCAUAUAUCGUAUUACAGAUCCUGUCUUGACACAUUGUCACGCCGAAGUUCCUUCUCGUUAGUUUCUUCGAAAACGUGGCCGCAUUGAUACCCCUUUCACGAACGUUUCAAACUGACGUCAUUCCAGCGUUCUAAUAAACUAGGCUGCAGAGCUGCACGCGAAAGCGCGACCAUAAGGUGGAGGUCUCGAUCGGACGGGACACAAUCAUGACUGUGCCGCUGUCAUUGAAAGUUUGAGAAUCUUUCUGUUGCGCAUUUCGGAAAAUGCGUCCGUGACAACGUAAUGCUGGAAUAUCUACAGACGGGAGGCAACUUGCGCGUUCGGUUGAGUUAUAGUAGCCAUCAACUUUAUUCUGUCAUAAUGUGUUCCUUUGCAAGGCAUUCCUACACAAGGCUGUGAUUUCGAGUGCAAAUCGUGAUCUAUAUUUAUGGUGUCCCUAACUCUUUUCUUUGCAGCACGUAUUGCAUGACCGGAAGAAGAGAGUAUUCGGCGAUAUCGCCUAUUGUCUGUUCUGUGAAACGACGACAUUUCCCGUUUUUAUUCCCGUGAUCUGCAGAUGGUGAAUCCAAAACUCGUCCACCGUUUCCAGCUUGGGCUGUCUCUUUAAGACAACGAUACUGCGAGCGUCUGAUUAAUUCAAUGUAGCGCGAUGCGUUAGCGGAGGGAAACCUAUUUUCUGCUGUUGCGGUGGACGUUAGACUGAAAGAGGGACGGGAAAACGGUCAGUCCUCCCACUGACUAAGAAUUCCACAUUUAUCCAGCGGAAUAAAGAAAAUGGUUGCGCAAUUAUAAUUUUUUUAAGUUAUUGUGUUCAUAUACAAUUAAAUGAAGGGCCAUGUUAACAGGAUGAUUUGAAAAUCGGGUAACCUAAGAGAAAGGCAGGCCCUCUUUCGCUGAACAUUAUUUGUUUAAAGACACGAAAAAUAAUUAUACAAGGAAAAGCUGAAAUAGGGGCUUUAUUUCAGCGCGAGACGAGGGAGCUUGAACAAAGACAAACGUUAUAGCUUCACGAGAUGUCGUCGGAAAAACACGGUUUGGAAGAUGCUGGACGACAGAACCUCCCCCAGCAAAUGGGUCCGAUGCCGCCCCCCCCUUACCUGCCGUCCCAGGACCCCAACAUGCCCCCCCACCCCCAGCCUCCCAUCUGCGGGCCCCAGCCUAACUACCCCCCUCCCCCGCCACCCCCCUCCUCAGAGGGGUACCUGCAGGAGACCCAGUUCCACUGCGGGCCCGGGGGACCCCACCAGGGGUACACGGUGCAGACGCAGGGGCCAGGGGGGGCGGUUCCCCACCCCCCCGCGGGGUACCUUCACGCGGGUUACCCCCUGCAGCUGCAGCCCUGCACUGCGUACGUCCCUGUCUACCCCAUCGGGGCAUCGGGUCAGCCCUACCUGCCUGGGGGAGGAGGCCACCCAGGGGUUGGCCCGGGGCAGAUGGUUGCCCCGGGGCAGAUGGCCAUGCAGAUGCCCCCGGGAAUUGCCCUGAUGGAGCCGCGGCGACCGCCACACGACUACCUGCCCAUCGCCGUGCUCACCACCGUCUGCUGCUUCUGGCCCACGGGCAUCAUCGCCAUCAUCAAGGCCGUGCAGGUGCGCACGGCGGUGUCGCGGGGGGACAUGGUCUCCGCGGAGAUCGCGUCCCGUGAGGCGCGUAACUUCUCCUUCAUCAGCCUGGCGGUGGGCAUCGCCUCCAUGGUGCUGUGCACCAUCCUCACCGUGGUGGUCAUUAUCGCCUCGCAGCACCACGAGGACGAGUGGGAGCCCUGAGCAGCGCCGACGGGCGGGGGGGGGGGGGGUAACCACGGCGACCACCGCAGGCCCUGCGGAGGGGAGGGGUCAGUGUUCACUCAGUCGCAGGUGGAUUCAUUAAUCGGUCAAAGAAAAGAAACAUACUCAUAGAGCUUCAGUGAUAUUUUGCUUUUUUCCGUUUUGUCAGUUCAUUAAUUGAAUUCCAGUUCCCCGUGAAUUUUCCAGAAAUGAAACAGGAACAGGACCUCAGCUGCCCUGCUGGGACAGGGGCAGGGGUUUGGGGGGGGGGAGGCGGUCCCACAGGGUGGAGAAGGUGUCCCACUGCCUGCAUCGUACCCGGACUGCAACACCAAUGCUGAACACACACACACACUCACACACACACACACACACACACUCACUCACUCACUCACACACACACACACACACUCAAAUGCACACGUACACACGUGUGUGAAAGAGGUCUGUUUUCAAUCGCUCGUUGAGUAGAAAAUACAUACCAAUGUAGCGCUGUUGAAAGACGCAAAGUGGACUUGUGCAGGUACAUGCUACAGGGGUAGUUUACAUCACAUUAUUUCACAGAGUUGCCAAAUGCAGUAUGACACAGAAGAUGCUCGUCCUCCUGAUGGAGGAAUCAGUCAAUCACACAUGGAGGUGUUCUUAUUUGUCAAACAUAGUUUUAACCCUUUGAGGUGAGUUAGAGAAUUUUGAGAAAACGUUCCAAAAGAACCUAAGUCAGUGUUCUAGAACUCCACUGCUUUCAGUCGCCAGCAGCGAUUGUGACAUCAGCAGUGGAAUGCUCAGUUAAGAACAUUCUAAUCGCGUAUUUGUGACCUCACACCUUAAAGGGGUUAGUGACUACUCAAGACAGUGUGACUACUUGCGAUGGAUGUCGGAUGAAUAGCAGCUAGCUACUAGCGACCUGGCUACAAUAAUUCAUAUAUAUUUCUGGGAUUGCAUUUUUAUGAAUUUUUUUUGCUUUUAUUUCAUUUCAUAGUUAUGAUCUUUGACUUCAUGUGCAAUAUACAGUUUUGUUUAUGUAAUUACUGUAAUGUAAUUACUCUUAAUAUGUUAGCCGUCCGUCCAAAGUGUGAGCUUACCACUGUAUGGUCUGAUCAUGGAGGGGGUUUUUCUGUGCUCUCUCUCUGGACUGUUAGAAGGAAAGGGGGGUGGGGGGGGGGUGAGUGGAUGAGUGUAUUUAGUGAUUUGAAUUGGUGAUGGUUGAGCCAGCUGGCAGAUAGGCCAGGCCUCCAGCUGCUGUCCAUUCCACACCAUCUCCAAAACGUCCCAGCUGAGCUAGGAAAGCUUGACGGCCCACUCCUUGCACUUGGACGCGAAGUCGAAUUCUGAAAACAAACCCCCUGAAAGCAGCGCUGACUAACUGCCCUUCCGGAAACAACAGUGCGCACCACGUUUACGUCCAACGCUUUAAAUGCAGUGCACUUCUGCAUUUAAAAAAACGCAAUAUAUUUACGUGUACACGUUUGGGCAACAUCCUUUUAGUUAGUGUGUACGACAAGGAAUGGGGGACCUGUUUGUUUGUUUCUUUGUUUCUUUGUUUCUUUAUUUAUUUAUUCGUUCUCCCUCCUAAAAUGAGACGCAUCUGACUGAAGGCCGGGGAAUGACAGUUCACACACUUUCCGAUCUUCAGCAUCCGCUUGCGUAAGACCGUCUAAGUCAGAGCCAAAAUGGCCGCCACGAACAGCCACCGCCCCGCCCCCUUUUCCCUCCCAGCUCAGCAAUGCAGAGGGAAACUGAUACAGAAUGUUUUUUUUUUUUUUGUUUUGUUUUUGUUUAAUUUUGAAACUUAAAGGGAAAGUAGAGUGUGUACAUACAUGUCCAGCCAUUUUCUUUCUUUUCUCCAAAUGUUUCUAAACCUUUCCUCUUCACUCUUAUCUUUUUUUUUAACUUUCUCUCCAUCACUUGUGAUUUUUCGUCCGUCCCGUGCACAAAGACGAAAAACAAGCCUUUCGAGUCUUUCAUCGCUUUUUCAGCCACACUGCCCUUCUCUAGGAGUAAAAUAGUCAGAUAAAAUUUACUGCUAUUUUUUAAACGGAGGAAUAUAAUUCUAUUGUAAAAGCUUAAAAAAAGAAUUAGUCUAACUCUUGUAAAUAUGUGCAAUCAUCAGUGUGCCAGGUUAUUUAUUUCUGUAUUAAUUUAUUGAUUUAGUUAUUUAUUACGGAAUAAUGCCUUGUUACAAUUGCUAUCGAUAUCAUAUUAUUGUUAUUAUUAUUAUUCUGUGCACGUAAUCUAAUUUAUAUGGGCUAUGUUCAAGUUAAACGUUUUGAUUUUUUUCCAGAAGACGCUGUUAGCCUUAGAGUGUUGGGAAGCUACACCCCUUGCAUUGGCUGAAACCUGCUGUUCACGCUGUUAGGCGCAGGUUCCCAGCUAGCAUUGAUAGUAACUGUUUUCCGAAUAUCCCCGUGCAGUGUGUUCUCAGACUUCAGUGUUUUCAGAAGUGGUCCGUAACGGUGAGCUUGAUGGCUUUGAGAUGGGGUUGUUGUAACUAGUUGCUUACGGUUACCGCGAAAAACAAAGUAAUUGUUCUUUCGAAGCUUGUAACGUGUAUCGGAUUGCUCGUCCUUAUUAAGGUUGCCAAAUAUCUCGUGUACAUUUUGUAUUAUUUAUGAUUUUUUUUUUUUAACAAUGUAGAUUAUGGUCACAUGUGUAUUCGAUGACAUCUGCAGCAAAUGAAUUCAGUUGUUUGAAUAAAGGAGAAAAUAUUUGGUUGUGCAAGA